AUGCCGGUACCACAGUAUCCUACGUUAGACAACGAACCAAAGCGACCAGUUUACAAAAAACAUAACAAGUCGUUUGAUGCACUCCGCAAUGGCCAAUGGAGUAGCUUCAAUGCAUCAGAAUCAAAGCAUAAGCACUUUCAAUUCGCUGAAGGCGAUGUUCCAAAGUCUAAGGUUUUAAGACUUUACUUUUUCCUCAUUAACACAUCAAUUAUCACUCGUUGGGCAAUAUUUGUUUUGCCAAUUGCUGGUGUACUCGCUAUUCCACUGAUUGUUUCAGUAACGACAGCGCCGGAUGCCGAACUCCUCAGGGUUCGACUUCUUUGGUGGUCAAUCUGGCUUGAAACACUUUGGGUUGGCUGGUGGGUCAGCUGGGCAGCCUCGAAAAUUAUUCCUUGGGUCGCGAAGCAUACUGUCGCAGUUAUAGUUCCAAAUGGAAAGCAAAUGAUUGAUUAUUUCGUACGUUGUGAGAGGUAUCUCGCAGCAGUUGGUUGGACAGUAGCCUGUUGGGCUGUAUUUAACUUUGUUGUACUCGUGAAAUUUUCAAGAGAUCACUCAGAUUCUAGUUACAGUACACUCUCGGUAAUUGCUCAAGUUCACGCUGGUAUUAUCAUCUGCGCAUCUAUUCUAGCAGGUGAAAAAAUCUUGAUUCAGCUUAUUGCAUACAAUUUCCAUCGUACUUCUUACGAUGAUCGUAUUCGCGAGCAGAAGUUCCAGGUGAAAGUUCUUGCAGCUUUAUACGCACGUAGUAGGGAUCUUGGGAGAAGCGACACACUCGAUGGCUUCGGUAGGAGAGGUAAAGAAAAGGGAGUCAAAGCCGGUAGAGUGUUCAGGAAAGCUGCUCGUGAAGCUAAAGAAGCAGCAGCUAAUGCAACAACUGCACUUGGUAAUGUCGCUUCUGAAAUCGCUGGAAGCUCGGUUCUUCAACCAAAUUCACCAAUGUCUAUGGUGACAAACGCUCUAGGUUCAGGCAAGAAGACGCGCCACCUCGCUCGCAGAUUAUAUUACUCUUUCUGUCCACCAUACCGUACGAGUCUUGUCCAGAGCGACAUUGAAUCAUUCUUCCCAGAUUUAAACACAGCUGAAGAAGCCUUCGCGGUAUUAGACAAAGACGUAAACGGAGACGUAUCAUUAGAAGAACUUGAGAUGGCUUGUUUUGAAGUACACAGAGAGCGUCUUGCUUUGACAUCCAGUAUGCGUGACUUGGACAGUGCAGUAGCUGCACUUGACAAAAUCCUCAUGUCUAUCUAUGUUGUCGCUGCUUGUCUUAUUAUAGUUGCCAUGCUUGAUGUGAAAUUCUCAACUCUCGUUACAUCCGCUGGAUCACUUGUACUCGGUUUGUCAUGGUUAAUUGGUACGACAGCUCAGGAAAUCUUGGCAUCAAUCAUCUUUUUGUUCAUAAAACAUCCAUAUGACGUUGGUGAUAGAGUGAAAAUCGAUGACUUUGAUAUGACAGUCAAGGAAAUCAACCUUCUUUACUCAAUAUUCAAACGCAUCGAUGGUACUGUUACUCAAGCGCCACAUGUGAUACUGAAUCAGAAAUACGUACACAACGUUAGAAGAAGUGGAUCAACAUCUGAAGAUUUCAAUUUCAAUGUUGCUUUUGAUACGACAUUUGAUCAAAUUGAAGACCUUAGAUCACGCAUGCUUCAUUUCCUCAAGUCUGAAAAGCGUGACUUUCAUCCAAUUUGCGAUAUCAACAUUGUAGACUUACCGGAUCAGGAGAAGAUGACACUCUCUACAUCCAUUAACUACAAGAGUAACUGGCAAAACAUAUCGUUGUACACUCAAAGACGCGUAAAGUGGAUGGUUGCAAUGAAAAUCGCAUUAUCAGAAUCUAAAAUAUUCGGACCAGCUGGUGAUCCUGAUGCACCACCUAUCCCAGCAAGGUACAUGAAGGUUCCUUACGAGACACCAGGGAAGGUUGAGGAGAUGCCUGCUCCUCUUCCAGAUGACGCACGUACAGCUGACCUUCGAAGAGCUGCUUCAAUGGCAUUGAAUGGAGGCCGCAGAGCACUCAUACACAGAAUGGACGCGGAAGAAGAGGCAUUAUUCCACAGUGGACUGGAAACUGUCCCGCGUGAAAAUACGGACGAUAGCUUCAAUAUGCCAAUGCCUUAUGGAAAUGCUCCACAAGGUACCGCACCAUCAAUGCCGACGCCAGAACAUUAUGACGUCGAUUCCGAUAGAGCCACACCUGCCCAGCUUGAAGCCGGUAGAGUGAGAAUCCAAUCGCCUGAGCCUAUCAGAUCUCGCCCACAACAGCAAGAACAUCAACAAAGAGGCAGACAAGACUAUGAAAUGCGCAGAAUUUAG